AAGAGAAAAGCAACUAGUUACUGAGGAAGGAGAUAGACAAACUGCUGGAGGAAAAUAAUUCAUCUGACAGCAAAGAUGCAGUGGAGUCUGAUUCUGCUCUUCCUGAUGGCUCAGUGUUGCUUCAUUGACUGUCAGCUCUAUCAGUUUCACUACAUUAAUCAGAAUAAAAACUGGACUGAAGCUCAGCAGUACUGCAGAGAGAAACACACUGACCUGGCCACAGUGACUAACAUGAAGGACAUGGAGAGACUCAACAACAUCUCAGCUGGAUAUAAGACGGCAGCAUGGAUUGGUCUGUAUGAUCAAACAAAUGGUAACAGAACAUGGUUCUGGUCUCUGUCUGAACUGGAGUUCAAUGAAAGUGAGACAAAAUGGCAGCAAGGAGAACCAAAUGAUGGUGGAAAUCAAGUACCUGAGAACUGUGGGGCUAUGAAUAAAGAUCUCACAUGGCUAGAUGACGGUUGCCAGAAGACUAAAUAUUUCCUCUGCUAUGAUGAAACUAAUAAAACCCAUAAAUAUCACCUGAUUGAAGAGAGGAAGACCUGGCUGGAAGCUCAGAGUUACUGCAGAGAGAAACACACAGACCUGAUCAGUGGAACGAAGCAACUACAGGAUGAAGAAGUGAAGAAAUUGAUGAACUCUUCAAGCACUUACCCACACAUUGGUUUAUUCAGAGACACCUGGAGGUGGUCAGAUGGAAACAGUUUCUCUUUCAGACACUGGAAUAAUGACUUUAACUAUCCACAAUCCAACAGUGGUCAAUGUGCCAUGACUGUGUUUAAUGAUGGAGGCAGAUGGAGGAAUGUGAGCUGUGCUGAAAGAAAACCCUUCAUCUGUUAUGAUGAUAAAGUGAUCCUGAUCACAGAAAAUAAAACCUGGGAGGACGCCUUGUACUACUGCAGAGAUCACCACCAUGACCUGGUCACCAUCACCAACAUGGAUGAUCAGAGAUGGAUCCAGGAGAAAGUCAAGAACGCAUCGACUGAUUAUGUCUGGAUGGGUCUGAGCUACGCCUGCACUCUGGAUUUGUGGUUCUGGGUCAGUGAUGAGAUGGUCAUCUAUAAGAACUGGGCCGAAGGUGAACCAAUGGACGACUGUGACAUGUCUGGAGCUAUGGAGACGGGAGGAAAACAUAAAUGGUUCAAAAGAAAUGAUUCUGACCUGUUUAAUUUCAUCUGUUCUAAGUACUGAAAUCCACUCUGUGCUUCUUCUUAAAUACUUGAGAUAUUACUUUAGAUAAAUGCAUAAGAUGUUAGUUUUAAUUGAAGUAGAAGGUAACAUUAAGCUUCAACUGCUAAACGCUCUUAACAACAUUCUUGGUGCUUCCAGCAGAGACAUGUAUGAUACCUAAUCAAUACAUUCUGUAUUGAUUAGAUCAUAUAUAUCUUAGUGAUAAUUAUUUGGUGAUCUGGGGUCUCAUUUAUAAAAUAUUGCCAUUUUAGGUAUACUAAAAGUGUGUGUGUGCAUUUAAUUGGUUUCUUUUUCUGUAUCGUCUGCUGUCGAAAUAAACUCAAUAAUAAUACCUCA